AUGGCACCCUCACCAAGCCCCUACAUCUGCCUCAAUUGCAGAAGGGCAUCUCCAUCCAACCUCUACCACCUAAAACUACGUCGAAACUUCUCCUUCACCCUACACAACCACCAAAUCCUCCGACCAGCAACAGCUCCAAAACCAACCCCAGACACCAAGCACAUCCGCCAGAAUGUCGAGCGCUAUGCCCAGAACUGCAUUGAAAGAAACUAUGCCGCGCACGCAGAAUAUCCAUCGAAGAUUCAAGCUCUCGCAGAAGAAACCCGACAAUUAGAUCAUGAUCUCAAAGCGCCCAGAUCCCGCAUAAAACAACUAGAGAAAACGAUCGCGAAGCUGUCUAUUGCUGCUCGCACAAAGACUGAUGCGCCGUCCGAACAACAAUCCGAUCUUACGGCUCUAAAAGCAGAAGCCCAACGUUUAAAAGAUGACUCUGCGAAUAUGACAGCUCGCAAAGCAACAUGCACCGAAGAACUGAGCCGUCUAGCUCUCUCCUUACCGAAUCUUUCUUCCUCCGAAACACCUAUCGGAAAUACCCCAAAUCUAAUCGGGUAUAUCAACUUUAACCCUUCAAGGCCGCCAUUGUGGGCUAGUCAAAGCAAAGAGUCUCUCCAAUCCCGUUCGCACGUCUCAAUCGGCACAUCCCUCGGCCUACUUGAUUUCACCAGCUCGGCCACAACAACAGGAUGGGGCUGGUACUUCCUCAUAAAUGAAGGCGCAAUGCUCGAACAAGCUCUAGUCCAGUACGCGCUUAGCGUUGCGCGUCGCCGAGCUUGGAAGCCCGUUUCUCCACCCUCAAUCGUAUACUCGUAUAUCGCUGAAGCGUGCGGCUUCCAACCACGAGACCAGCACAACGAGCAGCAAAUCUGGAGCAUUGAGCAGAGCGAGCGAGAUAGGGAUACAAAGCCUCAACGUUCGUUGACGGGUACCGCCGAGAUCCCGUUAGCAGCUAUGUAUGCGGGUAAAGAUAUAAAUGCGGCCGACUUACCCGUUAAACUCGUUGGUGCGAGCCGGUGUUAUCGUGCUGAGGCGGGAUCGCGAGGCGUCGAUACAAAGGGAUUAUACCGGGUUCAUGAGUUUACGAAAGUAGAGCUUUUCGCAUGGGCGGAUAACCUUGAAGAGUCAUCAUCAAGUAAGAACUCGGAUGAUCUUUUCGCUGAGCUGUUGGAGAUUCAGACGGAGAUUUUGACUUCGUUGGGUCUUCCUUGUCGGAUUUUGGAGAUGCCGACUGGCGAUCUUGGUGCGAGCGCUACUCGCAAGCGGGAUAUUGAGGCUUUGUUCCCGUCGCGGUUCCGACCUGGAGCUGUGAAUGAGGGUGUUGAGGUUGUUGAUGUUGAGGCGAAGGAGUUGGAGUCGGCGUGGGGUGAGGUUACUUCUGCCUCUAUUUGUACUGAUUAUCAGAGUCGGAGACUUGCGACCAGGGUUCGGGGUGGUUCUGCGAAGGAGUCACGUUUCCCGCAUACUGUUAAUGGGACGGCUAUGGCUGUGCCGCGUGUCUUGGCUGCUAUUUUGGAGAAUGGGUUUGAUCCGGAACGAGGCGUGGUUGUUGUGCCGGAGGUUUUGAGGCCAUGGAUGGAUGACAUGGAAACCAUUGGAGGCAAGUCAUGA